AGUUAAGACACGCUGAUGCUCUCUCUCUCUCUCUCUCUCUCUCUCUCUCUCGACAAAGUCAAAGUUUUUGUUCUUUGGUUUACUUCCUCUACCAUUCUAAUUAUGACUAUGUAUCAUAAAUGACUAUCUCUUUCUCUUACAGAAAACCAAACAAACAUAUAUACAUAGACAGACUAACCCAAGUCUCUGCUUAUAAGAUUCGUCUCUUUUAGUUCUCAUUUAACAUUUUCUUCAAUCAACAACAAGCUUUUCAGUCACUACCAUGGCUACAGCUGAUGAACGUCCUUUGGGUGACACACCAACAUGGGCUGUUGCUGUUGUUUGCCUUGUGAUGAUUGCUGUUUCAAUCUUUAUUGAGCAUAUUUUUCAUUUGGCAGAAAAGUGGUUCAAGAAAAUGCAUAAACCAGCUCUUGUUGAAGCUCUUGAAAAGAUUAAAGCAGAGUUGAUGCUUAUGGGACUUAUAUCCUUGCUGCUAACUGCACUCCAAGAACCUAUAUCUAAAAUUUGCAUUUCAAAAAGCGUUGCAUCUUCUUGGCAUCCGUGUGUAGAUGAAGAAAAAGCUAAAGAAUACGAGAAUAAAUGUAAGGAUAAGGAGAAUACAGUUGCCUUUGUAUCAGCAUAUGGUAUUGAUCAGCUUCAUUAUUUCAUCUUUGUAUUAGCAGUUGUUCAUGUGCUCUACUGCAUAAUUACCUAUAUUUUGGGCAAAACCAAGAUGAGAAAAUGGAAGGCAUGGGAAGAUGAGACAAAGACAAUUGAAUAUCAAUACCAUAAUGAUCCAGAGAGGUUUAGAUUUGCAAGGGAUACAUCAUUUGGUAGAAGACAUAUGAAACUAUGGAGUCGGUCAACACUUUUCGUUUGGAUUGUGUGUUUCUUUAGACAGUUCUUUGGAUCUGUUACCAAAAUUGAUUACUUGACACUAAGACAUGGAUUUAUAACAGCACAUUUGGCUCCAGGAAGUGAAACAAGAUUUGACUUCCAAAAAUACAUUAAUAGAUCACUUGAAGAGGACUUCAAAGUUGUGGUGGGAAUUAGUCCAGUUAUUUGGUUUAUUGCUUGUUUGAUGCUACUGACCAGUACACAUGGUUGGUAUGCUUAUCUAUGGCUGCCAUUUAUCCCACUAGUGGUAGUUUUACUGAUUGGGGCCAAGUUACAAGUGAUUAUAACUCAAAUGGGACUAAGAAUUCAAGAUAGAGGAGAUGUAGUUAAGGGUGCUCCUGUUGUUAAACCAGGCGAUGAUCUUUUCUGGUUUGGUCGACCACGCCUCAUUCUCUUCCUUAUUCACUUAGUUCUCUUUCAGAACGCAUUUCAACUAGCUCUCUUUAUCUGGAGCCUGUGGAAAGUCGGAUCGAAAGGUUGCUACCAUGAUAAAACAGAAGAUAUUGUGAUCAAAGUCACAAUGGGGGUCAUUAUACAAGUACUAUGCAGUUAUGUGACUCUGCCUCUCUAUGCUUUAGUGACACAGAUGGGUUCAAGCAUGAGACCGACAGUAUUUAAUGAUCGAGUGGCAGCUGCGCUUAAGAACUGGCAUCAUACAGCUAAAAAACAAGCUAAACACAGCAGACAUUCAGAGUCUCAUACACCAAUGUCAAGUAGGCCUCAAACGCCAACAUAUGGCAUGUCACCGGUGCAUCUUCUGCAUAACUACCGUAGUAGUACAGCUCCUAAUAGCUUACAAGCUUCUCCAAGGAAUUCUAACUAUGAAGCAGAUAAUUGGGAUCCUGAAGCAUUGAACAAUCAACAAGUUAUUGGUGAACCUGAAGGUAGUGAAAGUCCUGAUGCUAGGGACCAAAAUGAAACUGCAAUUGUAGUUCAAGAACCAAGCACAAUGGAAUUGCCUCCUGCUCCUGGUUCUAUAAGAACUCAACAUGAAAUUGGCGUAAGCUUACGGGAGUUCACCUUCAAGAAUUGAUUCUUCCUUUUCUAUAGGGUAAAUUUUGUAUCUUGUUGUACAUUUUCUUGUACAUGAGAACAUGACACACUCAAUCCUGGUAAUUCCACUAGAAUAUAUACAGGAUCUCAGCAACAAUUGGCUGGGAAGGUUGAUAAA